AUUGCCAUUGCCAUCGCAGUUUCAGCAUAAAAAAUAAUAAUAAUUGUUUACAUCUAACAUCUACUUGCUUGUUGCUAGAGCGGUAUCAGUUAUCACAUUCAAGUGAGAGCAGCUCCAUAGUUCGUUUACUUCCUGGUUUCUAGGAAAAUUUUGUACAAUUUUGAGGCUCAAUCAGGAAUAUUCGGCAUGUUCAGAUCAUCUCUACAGAGGAAUCCGAGAUCCAAAGGCUUCAGAGUGAAGCAUGCUCUACAAAUAUGCGUUGUGCUUGCCCUUUGUAUCUGGCUGGUUUAUCAAGCUCAAAAUUAUCGACAGAAAAAAGCAUCCUAUGGUGAAGCUGCAAAAACUGGCAAUGAGGCUGUGAAGUUAGGGAGGAAAGACCCUUAUCCUUUUGUGGACCAACCUUCUGUCACAGAUGCAAAGCACAAGGAGGAGGAGGGUGAAGAACAAAACAAGCCACAUCAUAUUAACGGUGGGGAAGAUGAGACGCUGAGGCAUAAGAAUGAGCAAAAUAACAAUGAAGAGAAGUCUGAGCGUAGACAGGAUCCAGUAGAUCAAGGGAUCGAAGAGAGUUCUGAAAAUGUUGCCACCAAGAAGGAAAGUGAAGAGAAUGACAAUAAGGUUAAUGCCAACAAGGAGGGUGAUAGCGUGAUAAAGGAGAAUGAAGACAACGAAAACAAGGAGGAGGAAAAUCAAAGCAGUGAGAUUAGUGAGGAAAAAGGUGAGCAAGAGAAAGAAGAUACAAGAGACACGGAGACGGAUGAUAAGGAGAGUGAAGAGAAUGAAGAGAUCAACCAAAAAAGAACUGAUGUGAAUGAACCAAAAGAAGAGGAGGAGAGCAAUGAAGCAGAAAAGGAAAAAGAAGAGAAUGAGGAAGUGGUUUCAUUUGAAGAUCAAGAUAGGGAAAGGAACAGUGAGGAGCCUAGAGAUGAACACUAUGCAGGAGAUAAUGCAUCCAGUGAUGUAGGUUUUAACAAGGCAGAACAAUCUGGCAAAAAGGAAAAGAAUGAAUUUGAGCCUGAGUCUAAGACAAAUGGUACUGAAGUAGCUCAUCUUGAUCAUGAAUCUGUCUUAAAUGCAACAGAACCAAGAACCACAGAAGUGAUUGAUUCUGCUGUCACAAAAACCAACAAAAGUCACGGUAGAGGGAAUCAGGGUGAGAAAAAGCACAAGAGUUCCGUCGCUAAAUCAGAUGAGGAGGAGCAAGAGCAUAAUAAGCUCUCAAGUGAUGGCGUAGACACUCUUCAUUCGCUGAAUACCACAGCAAAACAGUUCAAAACAUCAGAAAACUCCAAGGAGGAGCACUCCAGCUUGCACAAUUCAAUGCUAAAAAUGAAAGAUUCUAAAUCAGAUGCUGCAGGGGAACGAGCUGAUUCCACCUCAACAAAUUCAUCAAGAACUCAUGAGAGCAACGUGACUAACGGAGAAUACAAUGGUACCUUUGGUAAUUCUGCUCUGAGCAGAAACGCCAGCAACAAUCCCACUCAUGAAAGAAUACCUGAAGACGUUUUAUCAUCCAAUUCAAAUGGAAAUAAAAAUGCCAGCCAAAAGGUACAACUCACUUCUUCGAAUCCUUCAUCACAGCUGAAGAAAAAUAAAUCCUUCAAGUUGAGAAAUAGUACUGAUUCUGUGCAGAAUCACCGUGUAAACUCUACUCAGAGUGACACCAAGAGUGAUGGAAGUGCUAAUCACAACACAGAUGCUAGGCAAGUCGAUUCCUCUGAUACUUCACCCCAACAAAAUAGAGAGAGAACAGCAAAUUCAGAAAAUAAUGCUGGCCAGCAAAAUUCAAAAGGCAAAGAUGCUAAUGACAAUGGAAAUGCUGGUCAUGAUGGGCCAAUCAUUGCUUCUGAUUCUUCCAUUUCUGAACAGAAAAAUGCAUCCUCGAAGAAUAAUGACGAUGCUGGGCAGGUUCAAAAAGAGAACACUGUUACCAGUGAAAACCAAGCUAGAGCUCAAAAUGAAUCAAAUCGCAAAAAGAGAAAGAAGAAUCAGCACACUGGAUCAGAUGGCCGUACCAAUUUCUGAGAAAUUGAAUGAUCCAAGGCUAUUCAAAUUCUUCAAACCAUUAGGAUGUCUAGUAAGCUUAGUAGCUUUUCCAGAAACAAAUGCAGCAAUCAAUCACAAUGAUGUUACUGCCACGGAGUGAAUAAUGAUAGUGAUAAUUCAAAUAAAUCAACUAUAUCUUCUAAUCUUACCAGCAUUUUCGUUUUUGUUGAGAGAUGUAAUGUUCUUUAC